AAAUCAUACCACAUAAUUCAACAUGGAAGAGAUGGAAUUAAAUUUAACGGAAGAUGAAAUUCAGUUCGAGAAAGAAAGGUUAGAAAGAGAAAAUGCGUCUUUGAUACAAGAAAUUGAAAGAUUAGGAGGUUUUGCGGACUCGUGUUUUCUGCCAUUAAAACCAGAUACAUACAAUGAGAAGACAUACUCUACGGAAGCAGUUCCUCCUGCAUCAACUCUUACAUCCCUGUCAUCCUCUUCUACAUCAUAUGCUGCGUUGCCGGGAAAAUCUAAGAAGCCACAAGUUGACAGUGUCGCGUUGUUGGCUGCAGCAAGUCAAAGUCCAAAUGACGCAAAUGCCAAGCGAAUUGUAAUGAAAUCGGACUUUUUACAAUCUUACGAUGAUCUGAAGCUCAAUGAUACCAAAAGGAAUGACAAUCCACUAUCAUCUUUGUCUGAAGGUGCUCUAAGUUUUGAUCAAAUUGGAAGUGAAAAAUAUUCAACAACUCCACAAAGGUUCUUCGAGCCCGGUCGUCAAAUCGAGAUAGGAAGAGUUCUAGACAAAAGAGGCGAAAGGAGCGAAGAAGGCACAAUCGGACAAUCUGUGCAACAACAAUCAACUGGUUUUGGAUCUGAUUCUACACUCAGCAAAAAGUUAAAUUUUGACAGCAGUGAAGAGGAGUUUGAGAACAUCACUAAAAUGACCAAAGCUUACGACAAAAAAGGAAUUUUUGGUCGCAAGGACAAAAAUUGGCAGAAGAGGGUGGUUGGGGAAAUUGCAUUCCAGCUUGACAGACGAAUUUUACAACAUAUAUUCCAUCACAGACGUAGACUGUAUGGGUUCACUGUCCGGAAUAUUUCCGAAAAGAUAGAGGAAAUAGCCACAGAUGCAAAUGGUGUUUAUGACGUACGGAAAGCGACAGAAUUGCAUGGACGCCAAAACUUUGUAAUGUCGAUGUUAGCCGAAAAAGCCGAAUUCGAUCCAAAAUACCAUCCGAUGUUCUCAGAACUUCUGGUAAAUAAGUAUGGCAUUUUGAAGGUCAAUCCGUGGGAAGAUAAAGAAGAACUGAAAUCUCUCCAAAGUGUUGAUUUUUUGACCAAACUUGUGACAGAGAAUGCAUUACCCGAAUAUAGAACUGAUGCUGUUAUUUUACUCCGGGCACUAAAUGCUAUUUCUAGUUGGGAUAAAAAGCCUAUAUUAAUGUGGUGAUAACUGAUAAAUAGAUGUAAUAAAUUGUUUCACAUUG